AUGCCACGUAAGCUACGUAAGAAUAUACGUAAGAGGAAGGGAGCAUUGAAACAUCCAAUAGUAAAACUGACACCACAACAACAGUUGCAACAACAAAUGAUGAAUGACCCCACUAUGUUGCAACAAAUGUCAAGCAACCCUAUGCUUUUAAACCGAGUUAUUGGUGCACAGAGUGGAGGUUUAAGAGCGGCACUUUUAGCGAAAAUGGCAGGCUAUGGUGGAGCUGCAGACGGAACAGCUUAUAACCCUCAAAGUCAAAUGAAUUUGAGUUCACUCAAAAAUCAAAUAACAGAUGUCAAAAAGUCAAACAUAGACAUACAGAAACAAAUAAGUGAAAACGAAAAGAAACUAGAAUAUGACAGACACACAAAGAAACUCAAUGAGUUAAACGUAGAGAAAAAGAAGAAAGAAGAACAACUGAAAGAACUAAGUACAGAGGAAUAUGCGAAAAAAGUGUCAGAAAAAGCAGCAGAAGUAGCAAAAAUGGAACAAGAUGUUAUAAAUUUGAAAAACCAUACUACUCAAUAUAAAGUACUGAAAGAUGAAGAAAUAAAACAAAAAGCCCUGAAGACAUAUAUGGAUAGCGAUGAGUAUAAAAAAGA